AUGGAAUAUAAAAACGGAACGUCUAUCUUAGAUAAGGGUGUCUAUAUCAUUCGCAACGAAGAAUUCAAAACCAUGAACGAAGACGAUUCUCUGUUAGCAAGAGCCGUUAGGCGACAAAAUAUAAUAAUGAAAGGACAAGAAACACCCGAAAUUACACUCAAUUAUAAUCCAGGAAAGAAUCCGAUUAAAGACAGUAUUGUAAAGAAAACCAAGGACAUCUGCAGGGCUAAGACGCCAACGAUCCUGCACUACUUCACAUUAUUAGUACUGGGACUUGGAACAUGGGGUCUGCUAUGGUGCGCUUUCGGAGAAGAUUGGAAUUGGAACGGUCGCUGGACAAAAUUAGCCUUUGUUGGAGGCUUAGCUUGGGCCGCCGGCGAAGCAUUUCAAAUGUGUACAUCUUUGCCACCUCUCUUAGCAGCACUAGUUAUUGGUAUUUUAGCAAGAAACUUCGAGUUUCUUGAUAUGCGAGAAUAUACAGAAAUUGAUGCAUUUUUAAGGAGAAUAUACCCAGUUAUAAUUCUGGGCAAAGGAUCUUUGGCAUUCGAUUUUAAAUACAUUAAGAAGAACUGGAGGUUGGUGUCUUCCCUGGGCGUCUUGCCGUGGACUGCAGAGGUACUCACUCUGGCUGUGUGCAUGCAUGUAUUCCUCGACUUCCCUUGGAUGUGGGGUCUUCUUCUUGGAUCGACGUACGCUUCAGUGUCCUUUGCUGUUGUAAUGCCUGCAGUACAAAAUUCAAGUGGCAGCAGUGGAAACUUAUCGCAAAACUGGAAUCAACUGAUUUUAACUGCUGGUGGAACAGACACAGCCCUCAGCGUCGGUGUAUUCGGCGUCAUACACAGCUUCAUAAUGCAUGAAGGCGAUGAUACUUAUCGUUACAUAAAGGCAGCGUUAGCGCUGUUGGUGGGAGUUGUCGUUGGCGUCAGCUGGGGUACCCUAGCCAAGUUCAUCCCACACUCGAAGGACUUCUAUGUUGCUGAAAUGCGCCUUCUGUUCGUGCUAAUAGGAGGACUUUUCACUUUCUUUUUAAGCGCGAAAUUUGGAUGGGGCGGUACUGGUGGUGUAGCAGUAUUAGCAUGUAACUCUACUGCAGCGAAUUGUUGGGAGAAAGACGGUUGGAAGUUGAAUAAAAACCCUGCAUCUACUGCAUAUCGCGUUAUGUGGUCUACUCUAGAGCCCCUAGUAUUUGCUUAUAGUGGAACGUUCUUCGUGAUAAAAGCGCCUUUAUGGAACGUGAUGCUUAUUGGCUUGGGAAUAUUAUGUAUAUGUGUGGUUGUCAGGCUGACCAUUGCCUUUUUUGUAUGUUCAAAAAUGACAAUCCGAGAGCGAUUCUUCGUGUGUUGUACUUGGAUACCUAAAUCUAUUGUCGAGGCAGUACUUUGUCCGGUAGCAUACAACGCAUUAGUAGCCCGCGGUAACUAUGACGAGAAUGAAAUGCAAUACGCCGACCACUUCAUCUGGAUUAUCAUUCAAGCCAUACUAGUCACGACGCCUAUUGGUUUCCUACUCACAAAACAUUUAGGACCCUUUUUAUUAACAGAAAAACAAAAAAAAUAUGACAUCGAUCCUGAAACCUGA